UUGUUCACCAGCCGCUAUCGACUGAUACAGGCGGUUUUUAGUACGCGUUUACGUCGCCGUCAACGUUUCAUUUAUUUACUGCGGUAAAUUUAGUCCUCUAGAUGAAUUUACUCUUCGAAAUUCGGUGUCUCAUUGUUUGAUCAUUGAUCAUAAUAAUUUAUUGUAGUUAUUACGUAUGUAGGAGGUUUCUAGUAGGUACGCGAUUAUUUUACGUCGCCGUCAACGUUUCAUUUAUUUACUGCGGUAAAUUUAGUCUUCUAGAUAAAUUUACUCUUCGAAAUUCGGUGUCUCAUUGAUCAUAAUAAUUGUAAUUAUUAGCCUACGUAUGUAGGAGGUUUCUAGUAGGUACGCGAUUAUUUUACGUCGCCGUCAACGUUUCAUUUAUUUACUGCGGUAAAUUUAGUCUUCUAGAUAAAUCUUCUCUUCGAAAUUCAGUGUAUGAUUCUUUGAACAUUUAUCAUAAUUGUAAUUUCGAAUCAAUUACAAUGGAAUUCAACGUUGAAAGAUUGAUAAAAGUAGUGAAAGAGCGGCCGGCGAUCUGGGACACCACGCAUAAUAAAUGGUACACUAAGAAUAGUAAACUUAAAGCCUGGAAGGAAAUAGUUGAAAUUAUCGACAGAGAAGACAAUGAUGCGAACAUACCUACAUCAAAGCUUGGCCCACUCAUUCAGAAAAGAUGGAAGAAUCUAAGAGACGCUCACGUGAAGCAAAUGAAGAAAAUACAGGAGAACCCAGAUAGUGGCUUAGGAAAGAAUUACCGAUUAAUGGACCGGCUCAGUUUUCUCAACAGAGUUAUUACAACUGGAGGCAGAAAUUUAAAUAUGACGACAGAUACCGAAGCAGAUAUAUGGGAGGAUACUGAAGAAAAUGAAGAACAAGAACAUUUACCAACAUUUACCAGGUCACGAGCUAGAGUAAAAAUGUAUGAAAGUGAUGAUAAUGACGUCAUAGUUGGUCCAGAAGAGGUUGACCUGGACAAGCUUGUUGAUACUGAGGAGACCCUGGAUAUUAUGCACACUACUGACCCUCUCGAGACUUCUAUGGACAACAGUGUGGAGUCCCCACUGAACAAAAAGAGAACAAUUCAGUGCGAGAGCGAGAAACGUGCCUUGAACGACGAAUUCCAGAUAGAACGUGAAGAGUGUCAAGUGUUUGGUGAACUGGUCGCGGUCAAAUUGCGUAAACUAGAUUCGCGCACCAGGGCAUACGUUCAGCAUCUAAUCAACAAUACCUUUUUCAAAGCCGAAAUGGGAAUGUUGAAGAACGUCAACUCAAAUUAAUCCCAGUUGAAUCAACUCAGUUUGAAUUCAAUGUUCUCUUCUAUAGAUAGUUCCAGGGAAAGAUACAACUAUUAUAUUUUUUAAAAUACUGAGUGAAAAAAGAGAGUAAUUGAAUAGAAGAUAAACAUUGAGAGAGAUACAUGUAGCCUUAGUUAUCUUUAUAGAUUUUCAGAGUCAGAAUAAACCAAAUAAACAUGGAAGAAUCCUCUAAACUUCAUUGGACAAAAGUUGUAUCUUGAGUUGAGGUUCAAGAUCAAUUUUUCUAUUGUUUAGAGCAGUUGAUUGCAAUCUAUCUAGAUAUUAACAGAUCUCGUUUUCUAUCGCUUACUUAAAUUAUAUUUGUUGUAUAUAAAACCGAUGUAACUUAUCUCAAGGGACCAAGAUAAAAAUUCGUUGUAAUGGAGUAUAGUCUCCUUUCAGUAUAAUUCUACAGUAGUUAAUAUUGUACGUUAUGUACGCGUGCGAAUGGGUUAGGUUUGUUAGGUAGAGUACAUAAAAUACAUUGAAACGUUUCAUCUUGUAUAAACUGUAGCUUCAUCCGUUGUAUAUAUUUUUCUUGAAUAUUUUACAGUAUUACAUAAAAAACUUACCCUUACUUAUCUUUUCCAUAAGAAAAAUGUGAUGAGAGUAGAGCUUAUUGAAAGAUUAUUUACUAAGGACUGAGUACGAACCAUUACGAUAUAAUUGAGUUGUUUUUGACGCAACUAUGUUAAUAUUAGAAUCACUUUACUGGUGAUAUUGGAAUAAAAUACAUUUUUAUACUAUACAUGUACAAUUUCUACUUGUGUGUAGAUUACAAUACUAAUCCAUGUAUAUGUUAUAUAUGAAUAUACUUUAUAUAUGUACUUAAGUGCUUCCCUUUGUUAUUGUUUAUUGCAUCAAUACAAUAAAUUAUUUUCUCCCCAAGUUAUUGUUG